UGGGGAAGGCUGUUGCAUCUUCAGGGGCAAUUUUGAAGACUUGUGUGCAGUUGGAUGUAGUGUCUGUCCCUAGGAACGCUCAGCAGGAGCAACUCAAAGUUCAGCAGGCAAGUCCAGAGCAGCACGCGCUCUCGCUGUAAGGCAAAGGGAGAGCUGGAGCUCAUGUGCUGGCAUUUUCGCAGUUGCUCCAUGUAGGUCUAGGUGCUGCUGCUUUAUAAUAUUUGAAGGCGUUGUAAGUAUCUGGGUGUCGCUCUGGUGGGGGCAGUAGGAGCAGCGGGCUGUGCUGAGCCAGUUUGGAAAUGCUGACAGCGAGUGGCGACGGAUGCAGCGCUGCCUUGGCAGCCUGCUGUGUCUCAGCCCACUGCAUUUCUUUACGUGGUGACUCUCACCCAUGUGGGCGCUGUCCCAGCUCAUAGCCACGGACCUAUUUCACUUGAAUGGAGCUCCAUAAAUAGGCCGUUACAGAGCGACGGCCGGUUUCAAGAUUGCUGCUCGAAAUUUUUAGGGUUGGGAAAUGAGUUCACACAGCUUUUCAUGGGUUUUCAGCUUCCCUUUUUGAAAAAAGCGGAAGGCAGGGCCAUCCCUCCUUCACUGCCAGCGCUCCUAGGGUGGCACUCCUUGCAAAUGAGGCUCUGUGUUGCUAAUGGAGUUGGUGCUAACAUGAGUAUGAGUGGGGCACCGUAGGGAAGGAACUGUAGAAAUAGUGCAGGCUGCUGCCUUGCGCGGACAUCCUGUAAAUGUAUCACGUACUCGGCAUAUGAGAGCUUAAAAAAAAUGAAGCGAAAGCUGAUGACAGUGGUUUUACUGGAAGUGCUGGAGCGGUUAUGUGAAGCUGGGACUCAGGUGCUGUGUGCAUUGGGCCCGUCCUGCUGGGGGCUUGCAUCGGUGCUGGGGUGCACAUCAGCGUUCGGCACUGGUGUCUCUUUUGGUCUCAGGCAUUUUGAGUUAUAAGCAGCAGAGAGAAAUUAAAGUGACCAAAUAAUCUUUAUACCUCCCAAAUACCAAUUUGAUAUGGAAAAUGAUCUACAUAUACAGUAGGUAGCAGACUUUUAAGAUGCUGACCGUGUAUGAAAAUCUCAUUCAUUUCCAAACUAGUAAGACAUGAAGCGUGUUGCUCUUUGGGCAUUGAGUGAUAACGCCCUAAAAAGCCUUGGCUGUACUGAUAAACGAGCAAAUAACUACAAUUACAACAACUGAGCAGCGCUCUGAAUGUUUUCUUUCUUCCAGCAGAGAAACCUGGGGGUGAUGAAGUGCCAGCUGGGCGUCUGUCCUCCGCGUGCUGCUGAGCUUACAGCCUGUCCUGCUCCAUGAGCCAGUUCCUCUCUCCUCGGGAGCAGUUGGUUGCAGGUAGUGUAGGAUUCCCUUAGGCCGGCACCCUGAUUUCAGCCCAGCAAUGACUGGGUGUCACAUGGGGUGCAGCACAGUCCUUGCUGUAGCUGUCGGCCAGUGCUUGUCCUUUGAGAUGCGAUGUUUUCCACGUAGACAGCUUCGUUUCUUUCUCUGCCUUACCAGUGAGUGAGGGAGAGGACAGACUUUCAUCUCGUUUUGGUCAUUUUGCUGCAGCUGUUAGAGCUUUUAAUACUCUGCUGCUGCUCUCACACGGGGCCGCUUGCCAUCAGUGACAUGAACAAGGCCUCCCUUGGCUCUCAGUUGAGUUAGGCUUACAUUUAAUUACUAAAAAUUAACAUUUGGAACAAAACGAGGGUAGCGUUCCAUUCAUCAGCUUUUAAUUUCUAGGAGGCUUUGGCGCUGGUUGUGGGUGCAGCACCACAGAGCAGGAGGUAGUCCAUUCUCCCAAGGAACUUCAGCCAUCCAGUGCUUCCUCUUCAGUGCCCUUCUUGAUCGUACAAACCCCGUCAGCUGAAGUCGUGCUUCCCUAAAUCAGGUGUGCGCUGCUGCAGACCCUGCUGCUGCUGGCACUUGAGGCUGCUGGAAGUUCUCAGCGCCUCUCAGGCAUCAGGUCCUGCCUUCGGGUGCCAGCCUUGCUCACCAGAUCUCCGAAAACAUGAAUCCUCUCCCAAACUCCAUGAAUCAGCUUUAUGUCUCAGCUGGGUUGUGAACUCCUCCAAGAAUUUGCUUCUAAAAUUAUGUUUCUUCCUACCUAGGAAUUGUUGGGCAAUUAGUGCAAGACGCUGAGCAGCGCAUCAUACCGAGCAUCACGCUGAGUUACACGCCGCAUUGUAGACUAACCCGGUGCCAGCAGUAGAACCUAAAACCUCCAUUUUACUUCUCGCAUUACAGGACGAAAAAUGAGGAAAUAGAAAGAAACACGUGAAUUAUUUCCAGCGCUGCGUUGCCUGCAGCUCGGAUCUAAAUUUAGCACCUUCCUAAUUAAGAAAUUAGCUUUCGUAAAAAUGUUACUGCGUAUAAAACAGCAAUCUGGCAAUUAGCAGACUGCAAACGGCUCUGGGUGUAUUUUUUCUUUUAUACGACUUGUUGCUUAAUGUUGCCUCACUUAUAGGGAAGUCCCCACCUUAAAGAGAAACGUUUGUUUGGCCCACGUAUGUUACCUCAACAGCUGCAGCAUGCCAUGCCUGGGGCUCGGGGGAAAGCUGCUGGGUUUCAUCUUUUCAGUGCAGCUGGAACAAGCCUUGCCUGGCUCAGGGCCACCAAUGGAGGUGGUCAGCCCCUUGGUGGCAGCUUUUUGGGGAUGCUGCAGGCAAUGGGAAGAAAAUGGGGCUGGAAAGGCAGGGCCCAGCCCGUUUGCGACCUGUCCCGCCUGCUUCCCCAGCGGGAUGAUGCCGCUGUCCCUGGUCUCAGGGAGCACGCUGGGCGCUUCGUGCAGCGCAUUCAGCUCUGCAGAAGGAUUGAGUAGAGGCUCUCGCUCCCGCUGCCUUUGUCAAUGCGUUUGUCCUGCCCGCAGUGCUGCAAAAUGGGCAUUGCAGCUCCCGUGCCAUCCCAGGGCGCUGUCACUUGGCUGCUGGUGCUGGGGGCUGCACUGCCCGUCUCCAGCGAGAGGUGGGCUGGGGCUGGGCUGCAGCAGGAAAUACCAGCUCAAUACAAACCACAGCGGGUAAACAGUUACAGACAUGAUUGCAGCACAGCUUCCGUUUUCCUGGGGCUUUUAACACUGAAACAGCGCAAGGCAAAGGCAGAGGGGAGCAGAGCGCGGGGAGGCAGCAGCACAGAGCCGAGUGGGAGCAGCUAUGGGGGACGCCUUCAUCCGGCACAUCGAGCUGCUGGGCUAUGAGAAGAGGUUCUUCCCCAGCCAACACUAUGUCUACAUGUUCCUGGUCAAGUGGAACGACCUCUCUGAAAAGCUCAUCUACCGCCGGUUCACCGAGAUUUACGAGUUCCAUAAAGCACUGAAGGAGAUGUUCCCCAUCGAGUCCGGAGACAUCAACGCAGAGAACCGGAUCAUCCCGCACCUACCAGCCCCAAAGUGGUUUGAUGGGCAGCGCUCGACGCAGAGCAGGCAGGGCACGCUGGCCGAGUACUGCUACACGCUGGUCAGCCUGCCCCACAAGAUCUCCCGCUGCCUGCACGUGGUCAGCUUCUUUGAGGUCCGGCCCGAUGACAUGAACCCCGUCACGGACAGCCAGAUCAGGAAGCCCGAGGUGUUCCUCCUGCCCAAGGAUGCGAAGAAAAACGCCAGCGACAUCACAGGCCCCAUUGUCCUGCAGACGUACCGGGCCAUCGCUGACUACGAGAAGAGCUGCAAGUCCGAGAUGGCUCUAAAAGCUGGGGAUGCGGUGGACGUCGUGGAGAAGAGUGAGACUGGCUGGUGGUUUUGCCAGUUAAAGAACAAGCGGGGCUGGGUGCCAGCUGCCUAUCUGGAGCCGAUGGACGGUCCUGAUGAAUCAGAGGAGCAGGAGCCCAACUACGCAGGUGAGCUGUACGUGGUGCAGAAAAGCUACACGGCUGUGGAGGAGGACGAGCUGACUCUCAAGGAGGGUGAAACCAUCGAGGUCAUCCACAAGCUGCUUGACGGCUGGUGGGUUAUCAGGAAGGACGAAACCACGGGUUAUUACCCCUCCAUGUACCUGCAGAAAUCUGGGGAUGUGAACAGCCCCGGGAAGAACGGGCUGAGGAACCGCAGCAUUCCCCCCCGGAGAUCCACCAUCCGCAACGCAAAGAGUAUCCACAACAAGGGACGGAAGCAGAUCAGCCAGGAGACCUACAGGAGGAACAGCAAGAAGUAUAUGCAGAACCGGAGGAACAUGAGGGGCAAUUUGCAGAACAAGGACAACAUCUCUGAGAAAAAUGAGCAAGAGGAGAACAAGUCGAAGGCCCAGCCUGCAGUUCCUCCCCGGCCCAGCAAAGACCUCAUCAUGAACCGCUGCACAGAGAGUACCAAGAGGAAGAUCAUGUGAGGCCCUCAGCCCCCAAACCCUGCGAGCAGAUGCUUUAUCUCCAUUUCUUGUGCACUGGGGGCACAGAGCCAGACUGGGGGCCUGCAUGUCCCCCAGAGCAGCUGUGAGCUUGGGGCUCUGUGUUAAUCCCACAGCACAGCGGCUCCAAGGUGCCCUGAGGAGCGGUGUGAGCACUUCCACCUGCACCUCUGGGCUGAGCCUUCCCACGGCCCACUGCAGGUUCCUCAUCACUUGUAGGUCCACUUUUAUCCCCUAUUUGUAUUCUGAAUGAUUUUCUGGUUUUUAACAGUUACCAGCAUUGUGUAGUGAGCGUUGCCAGGGCUUCAAUCACUGUGGGAAAACCCUAACAUGUAAAUAAUGCGUACGAAGACCAGUGUAGCACAAAGAGACACUUUAUACGUUCGUUGCAGUGCUUUCAUGCUGUGUGGAUGACUGAUCAAUAAACAUGUCAGCAGAAA